GCUAAUUUUUUACAGUGUAUACAUUUCAAAACGUUCCUAAAUUCCCAAUCGGAAUAUCGCUGCACAUAUAAAGCAAAAUCGAGAUUGAGGAACAUAGCUGAUUGUAUGAAGAGAGUCAACAAUGAUAAUUUUUGUAUCUUUGACCUUUUAAUGACAUCAUUUAGAUUUUUGUAAUCUCAUGAUACAUUUUUUUUAUAUUUAAAUACCAUCAUUAAGACAACCAAGUAAAUACAAAUUUGUAAAUACAAUAUAUACAAUUUUGUUAAAACGUACACAUGCAUUUUCUGAGUUUGUGCUUGUGCAACAUCCUCUUCCUCUUCUCUCUAAAUGACUCAGAGAUAUAAAAAUAAUGAGUUCAUCAGGAGCGAAAUGUUACUUUACUACCGCUGAUGAAACAAUGACCUCUUAAUACAGUUUCUACUACACAGACACAUUCAGAGGAUUGGUUACUAUUGGCUGAUUAGCGACAAACACUUAUUGAUCAGAUAUUGUGUACAGAAUGAACUUCAAUACAACUAUCCUCCAUGACUCCAAUGUCUCAUCCCAUUCCCACCCAACGAAAUCUACAUUGGACAUUGUCUUCUACACCAUCAUUAUACUCUUAGGCACCACUGGGAACUCUGUGGUCAUCUGGGUGGCCAGUGUCCGUAUGAAACUCAAUGUCACCAACGUAUGGCUGGUCAACCUCGCCGUGGCUGACCUGAUCUUCUGCGUGUCACGAGUGACCUCACUCGUCACAAAUUUCAUUGGCUACUGGCCAUUUGGGGACUUUGUCUGUAAGUUUAUGAGCUUUAUCAAGUAUACCAACAUGUUCUGCAGUGUUUUUCUUCUGGCUGUCAUCAGUGUGGAGCGAGUGAUCUGCGUGUGGUGCCCAGUAUUUGCCAGGAAUAAACGGACAUUAUAUGCUGCUCGUGUGGUCAGUUUGGGGGUUUGGAUUGUGGCGUUGAUCUGCAGUUCACCAAACUUUGUGUUCCGGGGGAUCAAUACUGAUCACAACUUGAGCUACUGCCAUGACAAGAAAGAAGCAAUUCAAGGAAAUUCAGCAAUGUAUGCUUUCUACAACAUUCGCUUCUUUUGUGGAUUUGUGUUUCCUUUCCUGGUGAUCUUUAUCUGCUACACACUGGCUGCUGUUGGGAUUCGAAGAACGAAACUCUCCGGCAAAUCAAGGCCUCUUCGGAUUCUUGCUUUAUUGGUUUUUGCCUUUUUCUUAUGCUGGGCCCCUUAUCACAUCCUAGGUCUUCUUAAAAUGAUAAAUAGUAAACACCCUGCUUUAAAGUUGGCAUGGCGUACGUCUUCAAAUCUAGCGUAUUUUAACAGCUGUGUGAACCCAAUAUUGUACUUCUGCGUAGGACUGAAUCUCAAGCAACGCUGCAAUCAAACGCUGUUAGGGAUUUUCCACAGAGCUCUUACUGAAGGAGACCAAACUCCUACACCAGGUGGCUCAACUGAGGAACCGUCUAAAAAUAUUUUAAAGAUGGCUGGAACAGAUCACCAAACAUGUGAAUGACUGUAUAUUAAGUGUUUAACUUGGCUUCAUUCGUUGAUUUUUUACAUUGAUUUCAAUCUUAGACAAGAACUUUUUCAGUUAAUAAUAAAGAUAUAUCAAGGUUAUUUAAUAAAUAAAUAUUUCACAUUUUGGUAGUAAAACGGAAAGUGUUGCACAUUUCAUUGGUGCAGACUGCAUGUAUUUUGUAAAAUAUUUGUAAUUGUUUUUGUUAUUAUUAUUAGAUACAACAUUACUUAAAUUGUGUCGUUGCAGGGACUACUGAACAAACAAUAACUUUUACCAUGUUAAAAAGUAACUUCAGUGACUAUGGUUUUUUUAUUUUAACUGUAGUAAUACCAUGGUUAAUUUUUGUAAGGGAACAUGCCACAGCCUGUUCACGUCAUGCCAGUUUUGCUACAGCUGCAGUUCACGUCAUCUCUUCUCCAGAGUCUCCUUACGUGUGCAGUGCUACCGGUAAUGGCUACAUCUUUGUGGUGUGGUUGGGCAACACACUGCACUACGGUUCCCAUACUGUAGAGUUCACUGCAGCCCAUAAACCUAAGUCGCCUGGAGCCAUAGCCAAGAUGGCCACUGCCAUGCCUGAACCAGAUUCCAAGAUGGCCACCGCUCCCUUAAGUAUUUUUUGGGGGAGGAUAGCCAAGAGCAAUGACCCGCCGCUGCUCCACGGUCCAGUACCCGCCACAUGUUCAUGGUUCCUUGUCUGUAUAUAUUGCCCUCAUGUUUCCA